UGAAGAGAAGAGGUAACCCUGCUCCUUUCCCCAACACUCCCUCCAUCUAGUCUUUUUUUUAUUCUUCAUCUCGCUCUCUCUUUCUCUCUAUCUCUCUCUUUUUCCAUUUUCUUCAGGAGUAAAUCAGUAAAGUGGGGUUAGGAGCAUUAAAAUGAAGAUUAGAAGAUUUAGGACACAUCUUGGACCCUGAAAGAACAUCUCCAUGUGCAGAGACUCAUAAUUUUCACUUGUUAUUAUAUCAAAAAGUGAUUUCUUUUGGAAUAUUCAGGUGAACAUGGCGUACCAUGCACCGUUUUACCCUCUGCUGGGGUGUGGGAGGCCUUUGAUGGAGCAGAUCACCGGGAGAAGCAUCAUCAACUCCGGCCCUUCGCCUUCAUCAUCAUCAUCUGUUUAUCAUCGUCACCUGCAGCAAGCAGGGGAAGAGGAAGAUGAGGAGGAUGAAGAAGAUGAAGAGCCGGUGGUGCACCUGGAGGGCAUGGAGCUGUGGAGGCAGUUCCACCAGAUCGGCACCGAAAUGGUCAUCACCAAGUCGGGGAGGCGGAUGUUUCCCCCGUUGCGUGUCCGGUGCAGCAGUUUGGACCGGAGAGCGAGCUACGUGCUGCUGAUGGACAUGGUGUCGUCGGAUAGCUGCAGGUACAAGUUCCACCACUCGAGCUGGACGGUGGCAGGAAAAGCCGACCCGGACAUGCCCAAGCGCAUGUAUGUCCACCCAGACAGCCCGGCCUCCGGGGAGCACUGGAUGUCCCGAGUGGUUACGUUUCACAAGCUGAAACUGACCAACAACGUCUCGGACAAACAUGGAUUUACCAUUUUGAACUCCAUGCAUAAAUACCAGCCGCGGCUGCACGUGGCCAGGGCCGACGAUCUCCUCAAACUUCCCUACAGUGGGUUUAGGACCUUUGUGUUUCCUGAGACCGAGUUCAUCGCCGUGACGGCUUACCAGAACGACAAGAUAACGCAGCUGAAAAUCGAUAACAAUCCGUUCGCAAAGGGAUUCCGGGACACAGGGAACGGGAGGAGAGAGAAAAGAAAACCUGUAAUGCUGCAGUUCAAGGCCAGAAAGAUGGUGCGAAAAAAAGAUGAUGGAUCCUCAGACAAUUCGCCUGGACAUCGCCAAGUUCCCACUGUCACAACGUCCACACUGAAAGAUGUUUGUGAGAGUGACAGUCAGAGUGAUGCAGAUGUGGAGAACUCGGUCCAUCAGACCAAACUGGAGCCCAGAGACCCCAUCAGCUACGAUCUGAAGGACACGCAGCCGAUCAGAAGCAGCGACACAGAAAGCCGAGGACGGAGCGUCGAGAAGCGUGCGUUGGACCCGAACACCGUCCCUUUUCAUGCUGAAGUCUUCACACGGAGCCUGGACGAGUGUUUCCUUCACCGCUGCUGCUCUGGACAGCAGCUUCUUGCCGGAGUGAGGAGAGCGUCACGCUUUCCGCCAAACCAGAACUGUGUAAACUUCUGGGCGGCCGGAGCGCCGUGUGCUGGUGAAAGGAUCAGGGCCUGCAGCUACGCCACCCACCAGGGCAUUCUGGGAAAUUUCUCACGGUGUCUUCAGCAGCCUGAAACUGCCUCACAGGCCCUGAUCAUCUCUCACUGCUACCCAUAUAACUGCAUGCUGGCGGCUCCGUGGACUCAGCGAAUGCUAGCUCCGGCUGUGAACCACCGGCCUGGCUGCGUACCGUACCCUCUCCCACACGCCACACACACACACCUGCUGCAUCCCAAACGCCACGCUUCAGCCCAAGCCGAGAAUGAGGGCAAAGUCAGCAGGGGCCAGAGCUCACCCACACCCCCGUCCACCUGAAAGACGUUACGCAGAGGCACAAAAAAAAUCUGUUACUAAAUGUAAAAUAACGCCCAGACAUGAGUGGACGUUAAAUACUUGGGUGGGGAUCCGGGGGGGUGACGGGGGGACGACAGGGUAAGACAAGCCACUGAUAUUCAUUUAAUAUUUAUUCAUUUUUAUAUUCAUUUUAAAACCUUUCAUAUAGAGGGUGCCCUCUGCACCAAAGCUUUAACAUUUGGCAAUAAAUGUUCCUAUUAUCGUUUUUAUUACAAGACUUUUCUUUUGCUUAAUCAACUUAGUUUAUGUGAAAGGACUCUAAUGUUCCUCUUAGCAACUCCAAUCUAUGAUAUUAAUGAGUCAAACACUGAUUGACAUACAUUAUAAUUAGCUCCAAAUCCCUUCAAAAGAUCCCUUCAAACGUUUGUAAACCCCUCACAUUUCAGCAACCAUAUUUUUAUAUCUUCUCAGGGCGACAAUACUAUAGAAAUAAAAACUUGGAUAUAUUUUAGAGUAGACACAGUUUCGACAUGUUCACGUAGGGUGUACUCACUUUUGUUGCCAGUUAUUUGAAGAAUAAUGGCUAUAUGUUGAGAUGUUUUUUUUUCAGAUAGUAAAUCUGUACUACAAGCUGCACAUUGCACAACUACUCUAAAAUAUAUCCAAUUUUUGUCCCUUAAGAUCAUAAAAUAAUAUACGCAUGAGCGUUAAUAAAAACCGAUGAUUAUUUCACGAUGAUUAAAAUCGUUUCUGCAUUUCUGUGUUUUUUUUUCAUUUUUAAAGAAAAUUGUUAGAAUAUUGGACAUCUAUGAAAAUAUAAGAAACCCCCCCAAAAAUUGUUCAUCAUCAUCAGUUUGAUUUGGGCCGGCUUGCCUUACCCUGACCGCCUCCUUACUCUAAAUGUAAUUUAUCUAUAAUAAAUUUAAAUAAAAUAAAUGGUGUAACAUAGUGAAUAUUUCAGCUAUUUAUUACCUGCCAGACAGCAGACGUGUGCAUGACUAAUAUAUAUAUUAUACGAGAAAGUGAGAGAUAUAUAUGAAAUGUAUUUGUUGGCAAAUAAAGAGUAUGGCUUUGUAUAUA